UACAAAUACAAUUGGGUUUACCAGAGGUUCAAUUGACUAGUGUCAAAAUGUUCCCCCCUUCUUUAUCUUCGUCUUCAACCCGCCAAUUCCACUCCCAAAUUAUCCUAUCGCCAUGCCUCCACCCUCCCCAUUUACAAGCUUCAAACUUGAAACUUUCCAACAACCGCUUUCCGAUUAACCCCACCACUGUGAGUGUGAGGUGGGUUAGCACGACGGUGCAUUCACUGCACGUAUCGCCCUGGGAUGAUAAACCUCACCAGCUUCUGCCUGGUGGCCAAAUAUCUUACUAUGACGAGAUGGACGUGGUGUCGUUUCUUGAUCCACCCAAACAACUCAUUCCUUUAGACCCUUCUUCUUACAACCCUGCCGCUUAUCUCUGGAAAAAGAUUGAUGACAUCCCAGAGGAAAGGAGACAUCGUUUGCUGGCCUUGCUCAAUCCCAGACUCAUAUCGAGGGCUUGGGAGGUAGCAGGCACAAGAUAUGAUAAUCCAAAGUUGGCAAAGCAAAAUUCAUCUAUCUUGUUUGCUGGUGAAGCUGGUGCAAAGUUGCUGGAAUAUUGGCACUGCCAAACAAAUGGAGGGCCUUUGGCUGUACCCUGGAUUAAUUACUUUAAGAAGGCUUUAUUCCGCUGUGAAGAUGGCCAAACUUUUGGAAGAGUCAUUGAUGCAUCAGUUCUGCGUGGGUUAUCGCACUCAUUUGCUCCAUUGUACUUCACAGUGAGAGAGGUGAACGAAGUGAUGGCAACAGAGCAGCCUUGUGAUGUAGCAUACGAAUUUGGAAGCGGGCUUUUGGAUAUCCAAGAAUACCCUCAAGGGUUUCCAAAUCCAGGGAAACACCCAUGGCCGUUGAACGACCAGGUUGUGAUAUACGUGCGGAAUAUAGGGGCUGGUGUUGUGGUGGGACAAGCAUGGCAAGAAGGAGAAGACCUGAAGCAAGUUCCUAAAAAGCUAUGUGGUGAAAUAUUGAUGGUCAAAGAUUACAGCCAUUUAGAUAAAAGUUGGUGAGGGCUUAAUUUUGGUUUAAGAAGAAUGUGUAUUGUAUGUAACAAGAAGAUUAGAUUAGAUUAGAUUAGAUUAGACUAGAAAGAAGCUUGCUUGUUUAUUCUUGGUCAAUAUGAAGAAAUAUUUUAUUUAAAGGGAAGGAGUAGGAGUAAUUUGCGGCAUAGUCUUGUUCCGUAACUGCUGCUACUGCUAUUGCUAGUCAAGAUGUUUUGGUUUGAUUC